CGUAUAUAAGGCCCCAUGGGUCCAAUGCUUACAUGUCAGUCACAUCGGCUUGGCGUAGGCUUCUCUUCUUGACCAACAACAACAACAACCCAACAAAUCUUGAGAGAUGGCACCCAAGAAGGCCAAGAGGAGGCAGCAGCAGGGCGAGGGUGGAUCCUCCAACGUGUUCUCCAUGUUUGAGCAGAGCCAGAUCCAGGAGUACAAGGAGGCUUUCACAAUCAUCGACCAGAACAGAGAUGGCAUCAUCAGCAAGGACGACCUCAGAGACGUGCUGGCCACCAUGGGCCAGCUGAAUGUGAAGAAUGAGGAGCUGGAGGCCAUGGUGAAGGAGGCCAGCGGCCCCAUCAACUUCACCGUCUUCCUGACCAUGUUCGGCGAGAAGCUGAAGGGUGCUGACCCCGAGGACGUCAUCGUGAGUGCUUUCAAGGUCUUGGACCCUGAGGCCACCGGCUUCAUCAAGAAGGAAUUCCUUGAGGAGCUGCUGACCACCCAGUGCGACAGGUUCACCGCUGAGGAGAUGACCAACCUGUGGGCUGCUUUCCCCCCUGAUGUGGCUGGCAAUGUGGACUACAAGAACAUCUGCUACGUCAUCACACACGGAGAGGAAAAGGAGGAGUAAAACCGCCCCCCCGUCUCUCUUCAAUACCUCUACCUCCGUUCAGAUCCAUUAGACCACACCCCCAUCUUCUCCAUCUUCUCCAGCUUCUCCACCAUGACUUCCUCACACUCUCUCGCUCCCAGGCUCAUUCGCUCUGCUUGCCAGCUCACAUGAAAAAAAGACUUGUCUCCUUUCCUCAGUGAGAGGACUGAAGGCUGUGGGAGCGUGUGUGUGUGUGUGUGUGAGUAGGAAACAGCAGGGGAACAUGGGAUUAUUUUCAAUAAAGAAAAAGAAUAAUCCUGUGACACUGAAACACUCUCUCUAUCUCCCUCCCUGCUUCUUCUUCUUCUUCUUCUUCUUCUUCCUGCUCCUCUUCCGUCCAUCACUCAUUCUGUGCUUCUGUGUGUGUGUGUGUGUGUGUGUGUGUGUGCAGAUGCAGUCUUGGGUGCUGUGGUGCAUGCACACCAUGUCACUUGCUUGAAACAAGUAAGCAGCCUGACCCUGGACGAGGGUGUGUUAGUGUCAGCCUGAGCCAGAGUGAGUCUCACAGAGGAGUGAAAGAGAGGCAGAAGUGCACUACAAUAGUUUCUACUCUGACUCUCUUUAAACUCAGCGAUGAAGAGGAAGGUGAAGCUGUGUGUGAGUGGGAGGCAGGAAAGAAAUAAACAGAAGUAAACAAUCUUCUUCUUCCUCCUCCUCAAUGACUGUGACUUUGUUUCUCCACUGUAACAAAUAAAGAAGCAACAAUAAAAUCUGUUACCUUUCAUAUAA